AAGGGCGUUGCAAUUGCUCUUCCAGCAUGGCUUCCAACAAAGGUCCGGAUGCCAUUGCUCCGGUAGAGCAUCCGCCCUCGCUCUCCGACGGCUCGACGGGCUCCGCCGCCAGGAUCGUCCAUAAUGCCAAAGCGGCCACCGAUAAGGAGCGGAAGAUGACCCUGUGGCAGGGCAUCAAGCUCUACCCUAAGGCUGUUGCAUGGAGUGUUCUCAUCUCUACCUGUAUUGUCAUGGAAGGCUACGAUAUCAGUUUGGUCAACAAUUUCUAUGCCUUUCCUCAAUUUAAUCGAAAAUACGGCGAGAUGACGGCGGACGGCUCAUAUCAGGUUCCAGCCAGGUGGCAAUCCGGUCUCAGCAACGGUGCAUAUGUUGGAGAAAUCAUCGGUCUCUUCAUCAACGGCUGGGCGUCCGAGCGAUUUGGUUAUCGGUACACGAUCAUGGCAUGUCUCGUUCUCAUCACCGCCUGGACUGCCAUCUUCUUCACUGCGCCCAAUGUCCAAGCCCUGCUCGCUGCGGAAAUCUUGGCCGGAAUUCCUUGGGGCGUCUUUCAAACGCUGACCAUCACCUAUGCUUCUGAGGUCUGCCCUGUUGCGUUGCGAGGAUAUUUGACGACCUAUGUCAACUUCUGCUGGGGGGUGGGACAACUGAUCGGUAUCGGAGUGAUCAAGGCUAUGAUUAAUCGGGAGGAUGAAUGGGCGUACCGGAUUCCUUAUGGUCUUCAGUGGAUGUGGCCUUUGCCAUUGUUCAUCGGUAUUUCGCUCGCCCCGGAGUCUCCGUGGUGGCUCGUCCGCAGGGGCAAGAUCCAGCAAGCCAAGCAAGCUCUACUGCGCCUGACCAGCCUCAAUCGCGAAACUGAAUUUGACGCCGACGAGACCAUUUCCAUGAUGGUUCAUACUACAGCACUGGAGGAAAAGAUCACCAAAGGCGCCAGUUACUUGGAUUGCUUCAAGGGCACCGAUCGUCGCCGGACAGAAAUUGUCUGCAUGGUGUGGGCCAUUCAGAACCUGAGUGGCAAUUCCUUCUCCAAUUACUCGACGUAUUUCUUGGAGCAGGCUGGGCUGAGUACUUCUGACUCGUAUGCUUUCGCCAUGGGUCAGUACGGAAUCAACAUGGUGGGCGUCUUUGGCGCCUGGUUCCUUAUGUCCAUUGGUCUCGGCCGUCGAUCUCUUUACUUGUACGGUCUCUGCGGAUUGUGUGUCAUGCUUCUCGUCAUGGGCUUCCUUGGGCUCAUUCCUGAAUCGCACAAAACCCAAGGAGCACUGGCGACGGGCAGCAUCAUGAUUGUCUGGGCUCUCUUCUACCAACUGACUGUUGGAACCGUGGCGUACUCUCUUGUGGCCGAGCUCUCAACCCGUCGUCUGCAGAUCAAGACCGUUGUGCUUGGCCGCACACUCUACAACAUUGUCGCAAUUAUUUGCGGCGUCCUGACCCCGUACAUGCUGAACCCCAGCGCCUGGAAUUGGAGCAACUACGCUGGCUUCUUCUGGGGCGGCAUCUGCUUCCUAUGCAUAGUCUACGCGUUCUUCCGGGUGCCGGAGCCCAGCGGCCGUUCGUUUGCCGAACUGGACAUUCUUUUUGAGCGGAGAGUGAGCGCACGGAAGUUCCACCUGACUCCGGUUGAUGUGUUCGACGAGACAGGGGUGGUGGAGCACUACCAGACGGAGAAGACAGUCGCGGCUGAUGGGGCUCAGGCCGAGAAGGCGACUUCGUGAAACGGCCCAUGAACAUUUUUGUUUUGUAAUACCUUAAUAAUAUUGGAUGUACAUAGAUACAUAUUCGAUCAUGAAUACGACACG